AGGCAACGAUGCAUAUUCAAAUCUUAGGACUGUUUACCUUAAAGGACUUGAAACCAACCGAAAAUCAAGCCUGGUCACCUGAACAGCACGCUAUACAGCAAAAUACAUGUUAAAUGUGUUUGAUUGUAAAACCUAUUUGUUUACGGGAAAAUAUUCAAAUCUACUACGAAUUCCAGCGAGUUAAACAGCGCAGGGCGAACACAAACUUUAUCCGACUUCGGAAAACAUUGUUCGGUUGUUGGAAGAGCGGUCUCCGAGGCUCCCUUAAAAAUGCAAGCCGUAAAAAGACAUCAUCAUAAACACAAUCUUAAGCAUAGGUAUGCGUUUCUUGAAACUCUUGGAAAGGGGACAUAUGGAAAAGUGAAGAAAGCAAUCGAGAGAUCCGAUAGGAUGGUUGCUAUUAAGUCCAUCAGAAAAGAGAAGAUAAAAGAUGAUCAGGACCUGGUGCAUAUUCGCAGAGAGAUUGAGAUCAUGUCCUCACUCAAUCAUCCAUACAUCAUCACCAUAUAUGAAGUGUUCGAGAACAAGGAAAAGAUUGUGAUCGUUAUGGAGUAUGCUAGCCGAGGUGACCUUUACGACUACCUCUGUGAAAAGCAGAGGAUUUCGGAACGCGAGGCGAGACACUUCUUCAGACAAAUUGUGUCCGCUGUACAUUACUGCCACGCGAAUGGGAUAGUGCAUCGGGACCUAAAGCUGGAGAACAUUCUACUAGAUGAAAACUGCAACAUUAAGAUUGCUGACUUUGGGCUGUCCAAUCUGUACCGUGGUGAUGAGUAUCUGCAGACGUUUUGUGGCAGCCCUCUGUAUGCUUCUCCAGAGAUUGUUAAUGGGCGGCCAUACAAAGGACCCGAGGUGGACACCUGGUCUCUGGGCGUUUUGCUCUACACCCUGGUCCAUGGUGCCAUGCCCUUCGAUGGGCACAACCACAAGAAUCUGAUCCAGCAAAUUAGUACCGGAAACUACAGGAAACCACCUAAACCUUCAGAUGCCUGUGGGCUGAUUCGCUGGAUGCUAAUGGUUAAUCCUGAGCGUAGAGCUACCAUAGAGGAGAUAGCUGGACACUGGUGGCUUAACUGGGGUUAUCAAAAAACCCUACUGACUGAAAGUGAGAAUGCAGCAUUGGUACAGCCGAAUGAGAAAAGCCAGUCCGCACAGCAGUCUGGUGGCCUAGCCAGCAUUGCCAGCUGGCUGCGCAGAAACUCGCGGCCCUUACUGGAGAACAACUCUAAAGUGCGCUGCCUCCUACGGUCCCACGGGGCUGGUGUAGGGGACGUGGUGCGUCAGAGGUCCCUGCGGAGGUCACGCAAGGAGAACAACAUCACCCAGACCAUGCAAGAUGGGACCACCGCUCGGCCCUCUAAGGGGAUUCUGAAAAGACGAGGAAAAGAGGAACCAACACGAGACUCUGACAUGUGCACCCUGGCCCAGCCUCCCCCUGUUGCAUUGCUGCCCCGCAAGGGGAUCCUGAAGAAACCAGCAGCGCGAGAGUCGGGCUAUUACUCCUCCUCUCCAGACAGCAGUGACUCCGCCCAGACGCCACAGGCCUUGCACUGUCCAUUAGCCCCGCCCCGCCGGAAGGGCAUCCUGAAGCGUCACGGCAAGUUCUCCACAGGUGGCCUGCAGGAAUUUGGGUCCCUGGACCAGUUGGCUGCCCCAUUGCCGGGAGGGGGACUCAGAGCACAGCCCAACGGCGCAAUCAGCGAGGACAGCAUCCUCUCUUCAGAGUCAUUCGACCAGUUGGAUCUGCCUGACCGCGCUCGGCCAGCAGCGCCCAGCGAGCAGCCAGCCCAGCGCACCAUGAGGGGCUGCGUGUCUGCUGACAACCUCCUGGACAUUCAAGAAGAGGGGCUUGGGCAGGGCCUGUUGAGGCACAAAGGACCCUGGGACUUGGCAUUUUACCAGUCUGAGGUGACUGACAGCACUUUCUCCAUUACAGAUUUUGAUAAUGUGACAGAAACCUACAAGGAUGCCAUAGUGAUUGGAGGAGCUGCAACCAGCUGAGGACUAGAAUUUACUCAAGGACCAUGUAAUAAAUCAUGUACUCUUAAAGGACAGAGAGAGAGAGAGAGAGACUGUGGCAGUUGUUGAACUUGGCUGACAGUCACUGUAUAACCAAAAUGGUAGCACUCAUGACAUGACACCGUUUUGUUCCAGUACUUCUAGGAGUUUGACCAAAACACCAGUCAAGCAAAAGGACAAGUUUCCUUGGCUGAAAUGUCAAAAUAAUACUUUUCAAUUUGUGAUCUUUAAAUAUGAGAUAUUUAAAGGCUUUAGUUUAUUUACCAUGGAUUGCUUGGCUGUUCCAAGAAAAUAUUUUUGACCACUAAAUGAUUGGUCAGUAAAACACUAGCUGGUACAUGGUGUUUUUCAAAAAUGUUGAAAUGUGUAUUUCAAACACUCAGGAGGUUGCUGAUAAUUGUGACACUGGACCCAUUUGGCUUUGGGAGGGUCAUACUUGUUCCGGGCUUAAGGGAAUUGAAACCUCAAUACCAAAGUGAAAAUGUAAACAUGUUGAGCACCUUUUUUUCUGUUCAGUCAUCAUGUUAAUGAAAUAUAUUAAUCUGAGCCUGCAAGAUUUACUACUGACUUAAAUUUCGACUUUUAUAACUGGAAUAUUUUUACAACUGGAGAAACUGGAGAGAUGACUCACAAUAACAAACAAUGAUAAUAAGGACUUGAAUUACAUCUAUUACGCACUGAGGCACAAUACCAAGAACUUGUACAACCUGCUUUCUAUUCAGCCUACAUACUGCAUUUCAAAUAAGAAAGGGAGUUUACUGUAAAUGCUAUAGAAGUGUGUCAGUCUUUUGGCCAGUGAUGUGCUGUAAUACAGCAGUAUUUCAGUAGACCUUGUCCAUGUGUGGUAACUAGUUCAUGAGUAACUUCCCCUAUGAUCUGAAGAACUAGCCCAGACUAACACAGUACUUGGGAAAUAUUUUCUUAGCAGAUUAAUUUAUGACUGGGUGUAAAGGUGUUUUGGUUUCCCAGUAAGAGCAGGAUAACAUCAGAUGGCCUAAGACUGGGAUUUGUGAAUUUAUGUGCUGCUUAAGGAAUUUCAUUAUAACAAUCAGGACUGAUGUAAUUUAUUAAAUAUCCUAAAACUGUGCCAUUAAAAUAUGGGAGCUGCUCAGACUUGAAAUUGGAUAGUAAUAUGAAAUGUUAUUUGAAAUUCUAAUAAUUCAGCAUGAACCAAUUGCACACAGUGAUUGGCACAAGGGGCUCCAACAUAAAGUUUAUAUUGUAUUAUUUGAAUUUGGUUAUUACUUUUUUAGUAGGUUGGUUUGAGAUCAUAGGAAUAAAGGGAAAUAUUAUUAUGUUAUUUUUAGGUAUGCAUAGUUCUAAGAGCAAUGAGGAGGUUAAAAUGCAAGAUAUUCAAACUUAGUUGCCAAGAUUUGCAUUUAUUAUUAUUAUAAAGGAACCAACUUUCAUACAGGUUUUUUUAAAGCUAGAACCCUUAGUUGCUAUCACAAUUCUUGGACUUCUAAAUUAUAUAUAUUUGAGUUUAAAGCCUUAUAAGCAUUGUUCAAAUGUCCCCCUUAAGAAUAUAUGCAUGUUUUGCUCCAAUAUUGCUUUGAAUUAUCUAUGAAAAUUUAAACCAACAUUUUAGUGCCUCAAAACUUGGUUUAAACUAUACUUUUGAUGUCAUGGAUGUUCUGUUCUUGCACCAAAAGUAUGUGCCUCUGGUAUUUUCAGUUAUAAAGUCUUCAACCAAAACCUAAUGUCAUAUCAAAGGAAUCUAUGGGAACAAAUGUUAUAUAUUUAAUUAUCAAAGUAAAAAAAAAAAAGGUUUUCAAAAACCCAGUUUGACUCUGUGAAGUCUGCUUGGGGAAGCAAAGCAUCCUCAAAGUUGCACGACCAUCAUGCUUGAUUGUUGAUAUCAAAGGAAGAAAUGUGAAAUGAAGUGUUUGGUUUUCACCAGACAUAAAAGGACCCAUGUCAAUCACAAAGUUCCCAUUUUAAACCAUCUGCCAUCGAACAUACUUCCAAGUGUGUUUUAGCUAACUUUUGUGACUUUAUAUAAUAUGGGUUGUAUUAUGUAAGACAAUUUACUUAAUUGAGAUGGAUGGGGCAAUUUUUUUUUUUAACACAAGGAAAUUGUUGCAUAACUUUGUUCAUUAAAUAAAUUACAUUUGUAUCAAAA